CUUGUUUCAUAGGUUAUUCGAUUCGCUUGACAAGGUUGUAAUUGCAAUUUGCACCUACGAGUCUACGACGGGGAUUGUGCGCCCACGCGCCGGCGCUCGUUAUUCUCGUUAGUCAUUUCUCAAGCUUCAACAAUCACCACCCAGAUUCUUCAAGUGUUGACUCAACCAAAAUAUCCAGCCAAAACCAAAGUACAAAACACUUUUCUUCAACACCAAAACAAGUCGUUCAACCCAAAUCAUCACUCUAUCUAACCGGUCUGCUCAGUCUGCACACUCUUCAAACGACCUUAUCCAAUAAUAAAGAAAAUUAAAUAAAAAAAUAUUUUUAUUUUUUUUAAUUUUUUAAUAAUUGAAUUGAAAGUUGAAACUUCAAGGCUCCAAGCAGUGACCACUAAGCAGCAGCAGAUAGGUUUCCCUUUCCCAGAAGUGCUUCCUUACGGGUUAGGACUGCUUCAGUUUUAGCGUAAGCUCUCAUCAUUAACCCUUGCUUCAUGUUGCUAAUUCUGUCGCAGAUUGAUUGAUUAACAAAAGUGAGCGAAUCAAGUGUUUCACCAUGUCCUUCCUCUCUAUCUGCCUUCUUAUUUGUUUCUGUUUUCAGAGGUGAUGUUUCUGCUCGAUCAGUAUUGUCGAAUACUCAAAUAAAAAUGGUGUAUUAUAAGUGUAUCAUCUGAAAAUGUAUCCGGAAAUGACCUACAGCAAGCUAGCAUCCCACCAAGAGGUUGGAAUUCCUAUGAUUCUUUUUGUUGGACAGUUUCUGAACAGGAAUUCUUACAAAAUGCUGAAAUAGUGUCUCAAACACUACAUGAUCAUGGAUAUGAGUAUGCUGUGGUGGAUUACCUUUGGUAUAGAAGGAAAGUCAAGGGGGCUGGACAUGAUUCUCUCGGGUUUGAUGUGAUUGAUGAAUGGGGAAGAGUGAUUCCUGACCCUGGAAGGUGGCCUUCUUCCCUAGGUGGAAAAGGGUUCAUUGAAGUUGCUAAUAAGGUACAUAGCAUGGGUUUGAAAUUUGGGAUUCAUGUUAUGAGAGGGAUAAGCACACAAGCUGUCAAUGCAAACACUGCUAUCCUAGAUACAGCAACGGGAGGUGCUUAUCAAGAAUCUGGUCGAGUUUGGGGUGCUAAAGACAUAGCAAUCCCAGCAAGGGCUUGUGCAUGGAUGCCGAAUGGUUUCAUGAGUGUAAAUACAUCAUUGGGAGCUGGGAAAGCUUUUUUGAGAUCCCUUUAUGAGCAGUAUGCUUCAUGGGGUGUUGAUUUUGUGAAACAUGACUGUGUAUUUGGUGAUGACUUGGAUUUAAGUGAAAUAAGCUAUGUAUCAGAGGUUCUAAGGAAGCUUGAUCACUCCAUUGUAUAUUCCUUGUCUCCUGGAACUAGUGUGACCCCAGCCAUGGCCAAGGAUGUCAUUGGACUGGUCAACAUGUAUCGUAUUACAGGAGAUGACUGGGAUACAUGGUGGGAUGUAAAAGGUCACUUCAACGUAACGAGGGAUUUUGCAACUGCUAAUCUGAUAGGAGCAACAGGCUUAAAUGGGAAAUCCUGGCCUGAUUUGGACAUGCUUCCAUUUGGAUGGCUAACAGAUCCUGGUGUAAAUGAAGGUCCACACAGGUAUUGUAGACUCAAUCUAGAAGAGCAAAAGACACAGAUAACACUUUGGGCGAUAGCAAAGUCUCCCCUAAUGUAUGGAGGGGAUCUGCGAAAAAUUGAUCCGACAACAUAUGGCCUUAUCACAAACCCUACCGUUCUGGAGAUCAACUCUUUUAGCUCAAACAAUAUGGAGUUUCCUUAUAUCACAAGCUUGAGGAGUGAAGGUCAAGAUCUUGGAGGGCAAAUGAGAAGAUAUAUCAAAGAAACAAAGACUUUAUAUACACAUUCAUUAGGUCUCACUAACUGCUCUGAUCCGAAGGCAAGUGCUUGGACUAGUGAAACUGUUGACCAAGAUGUUGAAAGGAUCUGUUGGAAAGGGACUUUCAGAAACAAACCUUUGGCAGCUUUCUGUGUAAACAAGAGAAAACUUCACUUCAAAUUUAUUGAAGAGAGUUUGUCCCAACUGAACCUUGGAAGGAAAUAUCAUUUAGUUGCAGCCAAUAGAAUAAAAUUUUGCUUGGAUGCUUCUCCUAGAAGAAAGCUUACUUCUAACGAGUUCGUUAGACACGCAUUUUCUCCGUGCGAAUGGGAUGCAAAUCAGAUGUGGGAACUGAACUCUAAUGGGACGCUGGAAAAUAGUUAUUCUGGCCUAUGUGCAACAAUGGAGCCUGUCAAAGCUACUAUUAACUCCGAUGGGCUUCGCUCUUGGAUUGCAACCGGAAGAAAUGGAGAAGUCUAUGUUGCUUUCUUCAAUCUAAAUGAGCAGAAGACUGUGAUAUCUGCCCAGAUAUCAGACAUUGCUAAAGUUCUUCCAGGCACAGACUUAAGUUCUUGUGAGGGCACUGAAUUGUGGAGUGGAAGUGACGUGGUAAUAUCACAGGGUGCGUUAUCAACGGCGGUUGAAGCGCAUGGAAGUGCGCUAUUUGUACUAAGCUGCAGUCCCAAGAACAAAAUAAAAAUGGUUGUCACUGCUGAUGCCUAAUUUCUUCCCUUUUUUGUAAUUAUUUGCAAAAAUUUGAAAUGUGAAAUAAGACAAGUUACCAGAGUUGUAUUUUUCACAGUUAUAAUAAGAUGGGGUGAUUAACA